CAGUAUCUUUCACAAGCUGCAACCGUGAAUGUUUUUCCCGCAGCUACUCUUGCUUCUUCGGGAAGGUCUAAUGAUACUGGAUCAUCGCAUUUGGGGUAUAUAUAACCCUUGAGCGUUGUAGCAUCUUGGUAUCACCCUCUGACACCCAAGCCUCCGGUCAUAGGGAGGAUGAAAUCUGUGAACAUUCUGAUCAUUGUCGCCUUUCUCAUCGGUGCGGUAAAGGCAGCUAGCGGCAACAGCACAGUCAGUGUCGAAGCGCCGACAAUAGUCUCCACAGUAUUUAAAUAUGACCCAAGCAAAACCGCUGCAGCUGUGGCAGGCGCGUUGUACUCUGUCGCCAGCCUUUGCCUCUUCACGCGCUUAUUUAUGAACAAGGCAUGGUGGGGACUUUGUCUCCCUAUAGCCUCAACCUUGAUGUCCGUUGGUUUUUUUAUGCGCAUACCCAUGGCGACGAACCCGAAUUCUCUCCCGAUUUUCAUGGUUCAACAGCUCCUCACCUUGUUACCGCCUGCCGCAUACCUCGCCUUCAAUUACAUCCUUUACGGGCGUUUCAUCGUGAACUGCGUGGAUAGACGCUACUCUUGGAUUAAGCCAGAGAGAGUUGCCCGGUACUUCGUUAUCAGCGAUAUCACGACAUUCCUCAUACAGGGCGGAGGUGGCGGUAUGGAAGCGUCGAAAACAGCGACAAGUCAAAAGCUGGGCGCGAAUAUACUGCUCGCUGGUCUAGUCCUUCAGACAAUCUCGUUUGCGUUCUUUAUGAUCCUGGUUUUAUAUGCGUGGCAUGGUAUCGUUCGAGACGGACUUUUGUUCCGUGAGGAGCCAUGGGGGGCAAUUCUUUGGAUACUGAUGUUCUCUUCAACAGCCUAUAUGAUUCGCUGUAUCUAUCGUGUCGCCGAGCUUGGUCAAGGCAACGGCGGCUAUCUCGUCACACAUGAAAUCUAUUUCUACCUCCUCGACUCAUUGCCACUGUUGAUUGGCAUUUGCACAUAUAUUAUUUACUGGCCAACGAAAUAUCUCGAAGCGUCGGCCAAGUCCGUCUAUAACAUGACGGGAAGAGUUUAAAGUUCUCUCUUCCUCAUUCACUUGGGUGCGUGAUCCGUCUUACCCGCAUAAGGACAACUGGACUGCAUAUGUUACAAUAAUCCACUGCGAUGACAUAAUGUUCCGUAUCCUACAUACUUAUAUAUUCAUGUUCGGAGCGAAUAGGAAAGCGAUUGCACCACAUCAUUGCGCUAUACCCUUAAUGUACUUCAUGCCGACAAUGCCCGUAACCGAUGCAGGCGCAC